AUCGUCAGUAAAAAGCUUUCAGAGUAAAUAAAAAAAUAAAUAUUAAAAUGAAAUAAUCGGAUCCAAAAUUUAAAGUUAUUUAAUAAGUUACACUUCCUGUUUUGUCAUAAAUUUUGACCUUAUUACAAAUUCUAUUUCAUUCUACUUAUAAGAGUUUUGUUCAAGCUUCGAAAUGACUUUUUUUCACUUUGGCAACUGCAUUGCACUUGCCUAUGCACCUUAUUUUAUGACUUAUAAAUUUUCUGGCUUAGCCGAAUAUGGUGUGUUUUGGAAGUGUAUACAAGCAGGAGCAAUGUAUCUGUUCACUCAACUGUGCAAAAUGCUUGCUUUAGCCACAUUCUUUCCAGCCACAGAUUUAACAGGCUUAGGUCGUAUGGAAACAAUAACUGAACUACUAAAGAAUACUGUGGAUGUAGCAGAUUUAAUAGGUCUCCAUAUUGUAAUGACUAAAUUUGCAGGAAAAGGUGAAACUAAAUUUUUAGUUGCUGGACUUGGUUGGGCAUCUGCUGAACUUCUCAUGACCAGACUUGUACCUCUUUGGGUUGGUGCCAAAAGUGUUGAAUUUGAUUGGAAAUAUCUCCAGAUGAGUUUUGAUUCUAAUAUUAGCUUGGUUCAUCAUAUCACAACCGCAACUUUAGUUUGGUUAUGGAGCCGCCAUGAUCUGCGGAAAACUCAUCUUCCUGUUGUUGUGCUUCUGUUAGUUAUAGGUUGCUACAGACCAUUGAUAACAGAGUUAUUCCAUACUAUCCUUGGUUUAGGAGCCUGGUCCAUUCUUGCAGUUAAAGCAUCUAGUGCUGUUUCUAUAGCCUUAAUUUCUAUGCACAUUUAUUUCAGUCUCACACAAGGUCUUAAUUCAUACUAAUUUAUGUACUCAAAUUUUCAUAAAUAAAUUAUAUACAUGCAUUGCAAAGUUUA